UGCUGGACUUUUGGUUUCUUUGUUUAUAAUCAUUAUUUGUCCCACUUCAAUCCUGAAUGUAAACCGAAGAGGUCAAAGGAUGAGAAGAUCUAAUGUUGGUCUGUGUUCCAAAGAAAAUUACUUCAGUUUUAUUGCAGUCAGAUUUCUUACUAUUUUGAAAAAAAGAAGCCUUAAGUUAUCACUGAUUGUGUCCAUGUUAGUUCCACCUCAAAGACAGAUUUUAGGGCAGCUUCUCGAUUGCACCAAGACAUUUUUUUCCCAAGAGAAUGUUAUUGUUAAACAUUCAAUACUUAUUUUAAGGAAGAGUAGUGGUAGUUACUGAGCCAGCAAACCCGAAUGCAUCAGUAGCUGCAGAGUGGUAACAACAAGAGGUGGUACUUUAUCUUCUUGCAGUAGUUUUUUGCUAUUUAGAGUAGUAAAAUGAUGAAGAAAUUAAACUGUGUGAACCUGGACAGGUGUCUGGAGGAGUUUACUCAGCUCGAACGGAAUAUCACAGAGGUUAAUGGCAAAAACCACGUGUUGGAGAUCCUGCUGGAGGACGCCAACAGACUCAUGAACUUCCGUUUGAGCAAAGAGAAAAGUCUGAUUGAGGAGAGAGACUGUCUUUUGGUCGCAGUGAACGGACUGCAGCAGACUCUGCAGCAGCAGUGCGACCUCAGAGUAGAGAAUGAGAGACUGAAGAAGGAUUUCGUGGAGGUGAAACAACGCAACGAGAGAGCAGCAAAGGACGCAGCGGCUGAGCUUCAGCGCCUGGACGGUGAAAUGAGGGCCGAGGGAGAGAGACACAAGAGGGAGCUAGAGACGGCUCGCCAGCAGUGCAGGAGGGAGGUGGAGGAGUUCCGCACGGAGGCUUUCAAUCAGCUGGAAGCUAAGGAUGCUGAAGUGAAGACUCAGCUGGAGAAGAAAGAUCUGGAUCUGGAGGAGUUAAAGAAGAGGCUGAAGGAGCAGGAGAGGGAGCGGCAGAGCGAGCUCUUGAAGUUACAGAUGGAGUUUGGUGCAAAGUUAGCCAGAGUUCAGAGUACAGCUCAGUGGAGCCAGCAGCAGCAGCAACACGGCUCCAACCUUCUUCCACAGAGUGUCUUCAAGAGGAAGCUGCAGUCCUUCCAGGAGGAGAAGAACAAGGAGAUUGCGGCUCUGCGUCAGAGAAUCAAAGAGCUGGAAGAGAACCAGCGCAGCGGCGUCCUUAACGACAGCCAUCUGAAGAAGAGGAAGAUCUAGUUUGAUAAUUGACCAGCGUGCCGUUGACCUCUCAGCUUUUCAGGCGCACGAUUCUCUUGUUAUUCACUUAUUUAACGCCACCGCUGCUCGUGCACGUCACACUGGUCUCGCCGCGUUCCCGCCCUGCUCGUUUGUAGAACACAUGUGAGCGCAGACAAUGUUCCUGUCGGAGGCCUUAAUCCAAUCAGACGCCUGCAUGCGAGGAAGUGGGGGGGAGGCGCUGGAGCAGCAGAAGUCAGGGUGAAUCAGUGAGGAAGGAAGGCCAACCACAUUCAGGGAAUUAGAUCAGUUCAUCUCCUUUCACUGAUUGAUCACCUCACUUGUUUCCUCGUUUCAUAUUACUCAAAGUCCAACCAGCGUUUAACUACUGGCUACUGUUACUACUGUUGGCAUUUCUAAAAUAAAGAAGAGCUCCUAAACUCUGGUCCCUGAAAGCUUUGUUCACAGAUUUGACUCAUUCUUGGAAGAAGACGUCUGCAAAUAUCGUUGUGGUGCCUGUGAUGUGACGUCUUCACUGACUGCGCUUCAUUUCUAAGAUCCCUUUCAGCAGUUUUAAGAGAAGAGGGAUUCAAAUGGAUAUUAGAUAUUGAAAG